UAUGAAUGUUCAUGGUUUUUUGGUAUUUUAUAUCUUUUAAUGCUCUCAAAAGAUGAUGCUAGCAAUCGUAUGCACACAUGUACGCACAAUGCAUGUGUGUAUUUGUGUUUAUUUGUGCUAAUUGACUCCUCCUAGUAAGCCUAUGAAUCAGGAGCCAUUGUCCACAUCCUCUUUUUACAUCUGAGGAAACUGAGGCACAGGAAGCUGAGGCUGGUCCAGGAUCACGCAGAUGUUCAAGAAGAGAGCUAGAAAUCCAGCCUCAGCAGUUUGUGGCCAGGUCAUGCCCAGGGCCCUUGCUUUUAACAAACUAAGGGAGAUGAGCUAGCAAGUAGCUUGAGGGAAAGGCCAAAACUGAAGAGUGUUUUUAGGAUGGGGAAUGAGCUUAGUUAGGGGUUGAGGGGAAGGAACAAGUGGGGAGGGGAGGGAGGGUUUGAGAAAGGCUGGGCUGUACACAGAGGGGGUGCUGUCCAGAUCACAGCGGUCAGGAUUCGCCAAGCACGGAAAGAGACAGGAGUCCUGACCUGACGCUGGAGAAAAGGAGGCUUCUUUGGAAAAUCGAAGGCAAGGUCACCUGCAAGGAGGCCGAGGGGGUGACAGGGAAGCAGCCACACUGGUGGCCGCGUGAGUGACCUGCGGUUCUCCAGGUUGGUCGGGGGAGGGGUCCCACAGGGAACGAGGGGAAGGGGAGAACGGUGGGCUGGCUGGCAGCUCUGUUCUCACUCCAAGUUUGCUGAAAACUCUACUGCUAUUUUGACAGACAGACCCAGGACCCAGGACCCAGAACCUAUGGGUGCACUCAGGGGCCCCGGGCAGUGAUCCUGGAGCCCAGGGGUCCACAGAGCAGGGAAGAGAGCAUCGUGUCCACACAGCAGGGAAGGGAGCAUCGUGUCCACACAGCAGGGAAGGGAGCAUUUGUCGUGACUGGACAGUGGUGACGGGACAGAGGGAGGGAGAGCUGCAUCUGUCCCCACCGGACACAGGCUGGAGAGUCACAGGCUCCUCCUCCUUCCCCUCCAGAGAGGGUGUGUGUGUGUGUGUGUGUGUGUGUGAGAGAGAGAGAGAGAGAGAGAGAGAAAUUGAGAGAGAGAGAGUGAGAGUGGGAGAAGGCAGCGUGAGCCUGUGUGCUUGCGAGCUGAGCCCUCAUUCCUUCCUGGGGUCAGGCUUGGGUUUCACCUGCAGAAUCGCUUGAGCUGGGCUGCCUGGGCUGCCCUCCUUAGUGACACUUGCGUGAAGCCUCUCUGGCUGCCAGAACUGGGCAGCCCCAGAAAAACCGACUUCUCUGCAGAGCUUGCCCAGCUGUCCCCGGGAAGCCAACUGCCUGUCACAGUAAGUCCUCCUCUUGAUGGGGUGUCUCCUAAACCCUCACGCUUCAGCCUCUGUUUGCCCAUGAAAUGAAAUGACUGAGCUCUAUUCUGUACCUGCCACUCUAUUUCUGGGGUGCCUUUUGUAGGCUUCCCAGAAUCUCCAAGCCAGGCUGGUUCUUUGCAUCCUUUGAGUGACCUGUCUUCUUCUGUAACCACAGGUUUGGUGGUGACAGGAAGCCUCGCAGAAUCCAGCUGCAACUCUGCUGGGGACACGGUCCAAGGAGCAACCACAGCAAAGCCCUGAUCUGAACUCCUGAUGCUCAGGGGAAGCCAUGGGCCCCUCCUGUCCUGCUCUUUUGUCCUUCACGAAGCUCAGCCUGUGGUGGCUCCUUCUGAUCCCAGCAGGUGGAGAGGAAGCCAAGCACCCACCUUCCAGGGCUCCCGUAGAGCCCCUCUCCUCUCCCAGCCCCACGGUGUUGCCGCAGGGAGGCUCCCACACCCAGGCUGAGGACCGGCUCUUCAAACACCUCUUCCGGGGCUAUAACCGCUGGGCGCGCCCCGUGCCCAACACCUCGGACGUGGUGAUCGUGCGCUUCGGACUGUCCAUCGCUCAGCUCAUCGACGUGGAUGAGAAGAACCAAAUGAUGACCACCAAUGUCUGGCUAAAGCAGGAGUGGAGUGACCACAAACUGCGCUGGAACCCCGCAGAUUUCGGCAACAUCACAUCCCUCCGGGUCCCUUCCGAGAUGAUCUGGAUCCCCGACAUUGUCCUCUACAACAAUGCAGAUGGGGAGUUUGCAGUGACCCACAUGACCAAGGCCCACCUCUUCUCCACGGGCACUGUGCACUGGGUGCCCCCGGCCAUCUACAAGAGCUCCUGCAGCAUCGACGUCACCUUCUUCCCCUUCGACCAGCAGAACUGCAAGAUGAAGUUCGGCUCCUGGACCUAUGACAAGGCCAAGAUCGACCUGGAGCAGAUGGAGCAGACAGUGGACCUGAAGGACUACUGGGAGAGCGGUGAGUGGGCCAUCGUCAAUGCCACAGGCACCUACAACAGCAAGAAGUACGACUGCUGCGCUGAGAUCUACCCCGACGUCACCUACGCCUUCGUCAUCCGGCGGCUGCCGCUCUUCUACACCAUCAACCUCAUCAUCCCCUGCCUGCUCAUCUCCUGCCUCACCGUGCUGGUCUUCUACCUGCCCUCCGACUGCGGCGAGAAGAUCACGCUGUGCAUCUCUGUGCUGCUGUCGCUCACUGUCUUCCUGCUGCUCAUCACCGAGAUCAUCCCGUCCACCUCGCUGGUCAUCCCGCUCAUCGGCGAGUACCUGCUGUUCACCAUGAUCUUCGUCACCCUGUCUAUCGUCAUCACGGUCUUCGUGCUGAAUGUGCAUCACCGCUCCCCCAGCACCCACACCAUGCCCCGCUGGGUGAGGGGGGCCCUUCUGGGCUGUGUGCCCCGGUGGCUUCUGAUGAACCGGCCCCCACCGCCCUUGGAGCUCUGCCACCCUCCAGGCCUGAAGCUCAGCCCUUCUUAUCACUGGCUGGAGACCAACAUGGAUGUGGAGGAGCGGGAGGUGGUGGUGGAGGAGGAGGACAGAUGGGCGCGUGCAGGUCACGUGGCCCCCUCCGUGGACACCCUCUGCAGCCUCGGUCACCUGCACUCUGGGGCCUCAAGUCCCAAGGCUGAAGCUCUGCUGCAGGAGGGUGAGCUGCUGCUGUCACCCCACAUGCAGAAGGCACUGGAAGGCGUUCACUACAUUGCCGACCACCUGCGGUCCGAGGAUGCCGACUCUUCGGUAAAGGAGGACUGGAAGUACGUCGCCAUGGUCAUCGACAGGAUCUUCCUCUGGCUGUUUAUCAUCGUCUGUUUCCUGGGGACCAUUGGCCUCUUCCUGCCUCCGUUCCUAGCUGGAAUGAUCUGACCGCACCUCCCUCGAGUUGGCUGCCAGGGCACCACUGCUGACCAUCUUUUGACCAUCUCUGCUGCAGCUGCCUCUAGUGUCCCCUUUGCGGUCAGCAGGUGCCUCUCUGUGGAGUCCUGACCCUGGCCCCGGUAUCGCAGGCUUCCAUCCAGCUUAACAGGAUUGUAUCAGGGCUGAGAGCCUACUGGACAAAAAGCCCUGUUUUGGAUGCUGAGGAGCUAGGGAAGUUCUGCGGAAGGUCACAAGAUGGUGGUGACCAAGUGGAGCAGAGUCGGAUUCUCCUGGAGGAGCGGUGCAGACCCCAAGUGACAGAAGAGUCAACCCGGGGGAUGCUGGGGCCAGGGUGAUGAGGAAGGGAAGGCAGACCUCAAAGGAGGGGUCGUGGGGCAAAGGGGAGGGUUCCUUGGGGUGGAAGGGCUCUGAACGAUGUUUGGAUUUGGGAAUGAGCCCAAAGUGCCAGAACAGCCGGGCGAGGUGGGAGCUUGGAGAGCCAGGUGGGAUCUCUCUCAGCCAGGCUGGGGAUGAAGUUCGGAGUCUGGCCAAGCCUGCAGGGUUCUGAGCUGGACAGUCCAGCAGGGGAGUGAUACAGGCUCUUCCGGAAGGGGAGGAGGCGGGAGGCAGGGCCUGCGUGUGGGGUGGAUCUUCCCUACAGGGGAGGGACGGAUGGUUGGAUACAGGUGACUGGGCUAUUCCAUCCACCUGGAAGCACCUUGGAGCCCUCAGGCUUCUCCUUGACGUCACUCCCCUCCCUUCCUUGUUGCAAAGUGGCUCUGCACCAGCAGCCCCCAGGAGGUCUGGCACAGCUGAGAGCCACGGCCUGCGGGGGCUCCAUAUGUCCCUACACAUGCAGCAGCCAAACAAGAAAGACCAUCCUGAGCUGCUCUGACCCAACUCAGACUCAUCUCGUUUGCCCUAUCCUCCCUCCCCCCCCCCCCCCCCCCCCCCCCCCCCCCCCCC